GGAAUCUAUUUAGGGUGGAUUGAUUAAGGGAUCAACGAGGGUAUCGCUUUUAAGAUUAGCGCUACAUCGAUGUGCUUUUCUUUUAUGUUGUUUAUGUUUCGUCCUUUUUCCUGAAUUCUUUGUGUAGCUGUAAUUAUUUAGUUUUUUGUUAGCGAAAGCUGGAAAUUUGCGAAAGUAUGUCUUCAAACGAAGACAGAGCCAAGGAGAUUCUCAAAGGGUUUAAACUGAACUGGAUGAACCUAAGAGACGCAGAGACCGGGAAGGUUCUUUGGCAGGGGACGGAGGACCUCUCUCUCCCGGGGGUGGAGCACGAAGCUCGUGUUCCCAAAAAGAUUUUAAAGUGCAAAGCCGUGUCCCGAGAGCUGAAUUUCUCUUCAUCAGAAAAGCUGGAAAAGUUCCGUCUGGAACAAAAGGUUUUAUUUAAAGGCCAGUGUCUAGAAGAGUGGUUCUUUGAGUUUGGCUUUGUCAUUCCCAACUCCACAAACACGUGGCAGUCUCUAAUAGAAGCCGCGCCAGAGUCACAGAUGAUGCCUGCGAAUGUUUUAACUGGUAACGUUGUGAUAGAAACAAAGUUCUACGACGACGAGCUCCUUGUAAGCACUUCCAGGGUACGACUUUUCUACGUCUAAAGCCAGACACCUUCAAUUUUAUUUAUUUUUAAUGUUCUUUUUUUGCUAAGUGAAAAAGGAACAAGUCUUAAAAAGCUAAGACUUUCUAAUGGUCAGAAAGGGCCAUGAGGGACAUCUGUCCAAUGCUGUGAUCCAGUCUCCUUGAUGGGAACAUCGCAAGAAUCCAAAAUACAAGCCAGUUAAGACCAUUCCAGCUUUCUGCAGAUUUUUGUAUAUAUGAGCGACGAUGCUCAUUGUUAUGAAUCUUGUAAAUUUUAUUUGUACAUUUUCCCCCCUUUUGUUUCUGAAUUUUAUUUGCGAUGUACACUGCUGCUUUAGCUUUUUUUUUUUUUUAAAGCUUCCAGUUGUAGUUGAUGUUCUCAAAUUUUCCCAAGCUGCACUACCUGUAAAAUAGUUUGUGUUAUAUACUAAAGGUAAUUAUGGAUUAAAAGGUACAACACUA